AUGUUUCGUCAAUCAGUAUUAAGAUCUAUUAGACCAGCAAUUGCUUAUAGACCAGUGGUCAUCUCCAGAAACUACGGUGUUAUCGAUGCUGCUACUCAAGCAGUAUUCGGCAAGAAAGGAUUGGAAGAAAAGAAGCGCAAGGAAGGGGAAUUGGAAAAUAAGGCCCAAGAGGUAAAUUUAGAUGGUGGCAGAAAAGCUGCUAGUAAGUUGGAUGAUGCCCAGGAUGCUGCUCAGGAUGCUGCUCAAGACGCAAAAUCAACCCUUGAAGAUGCCAAGGAUGGGGCUCAAUCAACAAUUCAAAAUGCUGCUGACAAGGUCAAAUCGGCCGCUGACACUAUCAACAAAAAAACAGGUCAGGUUCUUGCAGAUGGGAUCGAAACUGCUCAAGAAACUGUUCAAACCGGAGCCAACAAGAGUGACGAUUUGGCCUCCAAGACAAAGGAAACAGUUGAAAAUGCAGCCGAAUUGAGUUACGAAAAACGCAUUGAAACAGAAGAAAAGGAAGGUAGAGAAGAAGUAAGAGAAAACAUCAAAGGGUAUGCAAGUUUGCAAGACAAGGGUAGAAAAGCCCCAAUUGAGCAAAACAGACCCGACGAUGCUAUGUAG